UAGGAGGCUGCCUGGCCAGUGUCGGGCCACAUCCCACUUUGCCUUGUUACCCACUACAGCGUCGUCAUCAGGCCACCCACCACGGGAGAAUGGAGGCACCUGCACAGGAAGGCUCCAGCUUCAAGGCAGGAGCUAUGGCCCAGGCAUCCGGUGGCUCCCCAGAGUCCCACGAUGCCCAGCUGCCACCGCCACCUCAGCCCGAGGACGAGGAGGGGCAAGGGGAGGGGCUCGUGGAGCUGCACGCCUCCUUCCGGGAGCUGUUCACCUUCUUCUGCACCAACGCCACCAUCCAUGGCGCCACCCGCCUCGUCUGCUCCAGCCAGAACCGCCUCAAGACGGCAUCCUGGGGGCUGCUGUUCCUGGGUGCCCUGGGUGCACUCUACUGGCAGUUUGGGCUCCUCUUUGAGCAGUACUGGAGCUACCCGGUCAUCAUGACCGUGUCCGUGCACUCGGAGCGAAAGCUCUUCCCGUCGGUCACUCUGUGUGACGUGAACCCACACAGGCCGAGCUCAGUCCGCCACCAUCUGCAGGCACUCGAUCGGUUCGCCCGGGAGAACAUCCGCUCUCUCUACAAAUUCAACUUCAGCGAGGACGGGGAUGGCCCCUUUGCCGACGACCAGGGCCCACGGCCUGCCUUCUACCUGGACCGCAGCGUCCGUCUGCAGAGGCUGAGCCACCCAGGUGGCCAGAGCAGAGUGGGUUUCAGACUGUGUAACAGCACAGGCGGAGACUGCUUCUACCGGGCCUUCUCGUCAGGUGUGACAGCCGCCCGAGAAUGGUACCGCUUCCACUAUGUGAGCAUCUUGGCCCUGCUGCCCGCUGCCCACGAGGACAGCCACCAGAGCCACGGUGGCCACUUUGUCUUCUCUUGCCAAUUCGACGGCCGGGACUGCCAGGCCCGGCACUUCCAGACGUUCCACCACCCCACCUAUGGCAGCUGCUAUACCUUCAAUGGUGUCUGGGCUGCGCAGCGCCCGGGCAUCACCCAUGGUGAGUGCCAGCCGCAGGCGGAGUGGGGGAGAAGGCAUCCUGGCCAGCCUGGCCUCACCCCGCUUCUUCCCCCAGGAAUCAGCCUGGUCCUCAGGACUGAGCAGCAGGACCACCUCCCGCUGCUGUCCACGGAGGCUGGCAUCAAAGUCAUGAUUCAUGAACGUGACCACACACCUUUCCUGGAGCACCAGGGUUUCAGCAUCCGGCCGGGGACCGAGACCACCAUCGGCAUCCGAGAGGACGAGGUGCGCCGGCUGGGGAGCCCCUAUAGUCACUGCACCGAUGGUGUGGAGGGUGUGGGUGGGCAGCUGCUGUACAAUGCCUCCUAUACCCUGCAGGCCUGCCUGGUAUCCUGUUUCCAGCAGCUCAUGGUGGAGACCUGCUCCUGCGGCUACUACUUCUACCCUCUGCCGGCAGGGGCCCAGUACUGCAGCUACUCCCGGCACCCAGCCUGGGGCCACUGCUUCUACCGCCUCUACAGGGACCUGGGGACACACCGACUUCCUUGUGCCUCCCGCUGCCCCAGGUCCUGCAGGGAGUCUUCCUACAAGCUCUCUGCCGGGACCUCGAGGUGGCCUUCCUCCAAGUCAGCUCACCCUGAGGGCUGGGAGGAGCAGUGGCCACAACGAGGCUUCUGUGUGCAGGACUGGAUCCUGGCUGUGCUGGGCAAGCCAGGCCGCAGGAGCUCAAGCCAGAGCAAGAGCCCAAGCCCAAGCCUCAGGAGCAACAUGGCCAAGGUGAACAUCUUCUACCAGGAGCUCAACUACCGAACAGUGGAGGAGACACCCGUUUACUCGGUGCCCGAGCUGCUCUCAGCCAUGGGCAGCCUCUGGAGCCUGUGGUUCGGCUCCUCUGUCCUCUCUGUCCUGGAGCUGUUGGAGCUGCUGCUCGAUGCCGUAGCCCUCACACUGCUCCUGGGCUGCCGCUGGCUCCGCAGAACUCGGGGGUCCCAGACAGGGGCAGCCACAGUGGCGUCCCACGCCAAGCCGGAGGCCAGCCAGUUGCCCACUGACUGCAGGAACGACGUUAAUCAUCUGGGGGGCCCUGCCGGCCUCUUCUCCCAUGCCGCUUCUGGGAGCUGUGGCAGGAAUCUUUGCUGAAGAGUUAGGCCAAGUGAGAGCCCCAGCCUCCUGACACCUGAACCAGCCUGAGCUUGUUCUGACCCUGCGGAAUAUGGGAGCGGUGGGCUCUCCUGGCUGCCCAGAGUGAACCAGACCAGCCCCACAGAGCCACCACCAGGCAGCCAAGCCAAGCCCAGGGCCCAGGAAGCAGCAGCACGGAGCCCGCGGGCAGGCAGGCAGGCACCAGGGUGCCCAGCCCAUUGGGCCCCUCUCAUCAGCCCAGUGGUGGCCCAGGGGUGGCCUCACUCAAGGAGGCCCAGGGCAGGGGGGAGGGGAGUGUCCCCACCACUCUGGAUUCCUGCGUCUAGUCUGUACGUACCCGUGAGUGUGUGCAU